CCCCUCCCCUCCCGGGAUCCCCCGGGGUUCCCCACCCCUCCCGCACCGCUGGGGACCCGGCGGGCCAGGCGCGAGUCCUGCCCGGGGACCCGGCUCGGCCCCAGCUUGGAGGAGCCCGGACCCGCCCUAGGAGCCAUAGCCCAGCGGCGGCUGCAGUCGGGAGAGUCCAUGUUUGUGGUUCUCAAUGGAGAGUGAAAGCACAGAUUCAUAAUGAGAACCAGCCCCCGUCGGCCACUGAUUCUCAAAAGACGGAGGCCGCCCCUUCCUGUGCAAAAUGCCCCAGGUGAAACAUCAGAAGAGGAGCCCAGGAAGCCCCCUGCCCAACAAGAGCCUGGUCAAGCGCAGGCCUCCAAGGAGGUGGCAGAGCCCAACUCUUGCAAGUUUCCAGCUGGGAUCAAGAUUAUUAAUCACCCUACCAUGCCCAACACCCAAGUGGUGGCCAUCCCCAAUAAUGCCGAUAUCCAGAGCAUCAUCACAGCAUUGACCGCCAAAGGAAAAGAGAGUGGCAGCAGUGGGCCGAAUAAAUUCAUCCUCAUCAGCUGUGGGGGAGCCCCUACUCACCCUCCAGGACCCCAGCCUCAAGCCCAAACCAGCAAUGAUCCCAAAAGGACAAAAGUGAUCACUGAGACCCUGGGACCAAAGCCUGCAGCUAGGGAUAUCAAUCCUCCUAGACCAACUGGAGCGCUUCCUGGGCAGAGAUGGGACAGCGGUGGUAUGUGGUCUGGAGGUCAAAGGGCUGGCGGUGAGGCAGCAGGCUGCACUCUCGACAGCAGCUUGACCAACAUCCAGUGGCUUGGGAAGAUGAGUUCUGAUGGGCUGGGCUCCUGCAGCAUCAAGCAAGAGGAGAAGGAGAAUUGCCACUUGGAGCAAAGUCAGAUUAAGGUUGAGGAGUCGCCGGGAGCAUCAGCAUCCUGGCAGGACUCCAUGUCUGAGCGGCCGCCAUACUCUUACAUGGCCAUGAUACAAUUCGCCAUCAACAGUACCGAGAGGAAGCGCAUGACCUUGAAAGACAUCUACACUUGGAUUGAGGACCACUUCCCUUAUUUUAAGCACAUUGCCAAGCCAGGCUGGAAGAAUUCCAUUCGCCACAACCUUUCUCUCCAUGACAUGUUUGUUCGGGAGACAUCUGCCAAUGGCAAGGUCUCCUUUUGGACCAUUCACCCCAGUGCCAAUCGCUACUUGACAUUGGACCAGGUGUUUAAGCCACUGGACCCAGGGUCUCCACAAUCGCCCGAGCACUUGGAAUCACAGCAGCAGAAACGACCCAAUCCUGAGCUCCGCCGGAACGUGACCAUCAAAACUGAACUCCCGCUGGGCGCACGGCGGAAGAUGAAGCCACUGCUACCACGAGUCAGCUCAUACCUGGUGCCCAUCCAGUUCCCGGUGAACCAGUCACUGGUGCUGCAGCCCUCGGUAAAGGUGCCAUUGCCCCUGGCAGCUUCACUCAUGAGCUCAGAGCUUGCCCGCCAUAGCAAGCGAGUCCGCAUUGCCCCCAAGGUGCUGCUGGCUGACGAGGGGGCAGCCCCUCUGCCCACCGCAGGACCAGUGACAGAGGAGGGACUCCUGCUGGGAGAAGGGCUGUCUCCUCUGCUUCCGGUUCAGUCCAUCAAGGAGGAAGAAAUCCAGCCUGGGGAGGAAACACUGCACUUAGGGAGACCCAUCAAAGUAGAGAGCCCGCCCCUGGAAGAGUGGCCCUCGCCGUGCCCAUCUGUCAAAGAGGAACUGUCUCACUCCUGGGAAGAUUCGUCCCACUCUCCCACCCCAAGGGCCAAGAAGUCCUACAGUGGGCUCAAGUCCCCAGCCCGGUGUGUCUCUGAAAUGCUGGUGAUUAAGCGAAGGGAGAGGAGGGAGAUGAGCCGGUCCCGAAGGAAACAGCAUCUACUGCCUCCCUGUCCGGACGAGCCCGAGCUGCUCUUCUCCGAGGGCCCCGGGACUUCCCGACAAGUCCCAGAGUCUGCUCUCCCGGCAGAGUCCUCCGAGCCUGCCUCUCAGCUGGGCUACUCCCAGGAGGAGGGAGGACCUUUUAAGACACCCAGUAAGGAGACGCUGCCCAUCUCCUCCACCCCGAGCAAGUCUGUCCUCCCCAUGACCCCCGAAUCCUGGAGGCUCACACCCCCAGCCAAAGUGCGGGGGCUAGAUUUCAGCCCAGUCCGGACCCCCCAGAGUGCCUUUGGCCCCCUGCCUGACUCCCUGGGGCUGACAGAUCUCAGCACCACCCCACUGAAAAGUAUCCCCCUCUUUGACUCACCCCGAGAGCUCCUCAAUUCUGAGCCCUUUGACCUCACCUCUGACCCCUUCUGCAGCUGCUCCCCCUCACAUAUGGAAGUCCCCAAGCCAGGCUCUCCUGAGCCACAGGUUGCCAGCCUUUCAGCCAACCGUUCUCUGACAGAAGGCCUGGUUCUAGAUACAAUGAAUGACAGCCUCAGUAAGAUCCUGCUGGACAUCAGCUUCCCUGGCCUGGAGGAGGACCCACUGGGCCCUGACGGUGUCAGCUGGGCUCAGUUCAUUCCCGAGCUGCGGUAGAGACGUGACCUUGCCCUCGCUGCUUAAGCUGUCCACUCGUGCUCGUGUGGCUGGGCCGUCCGAGUCCUCUGAGUGGGAACAGCAGGCAGGGGCCGUCCACUCCACUGGCCCCAUUGUGCCUGGUUAUGCCGAGGCAGAUGCCACGCCAUAGCUGCCACUGGGCACUCUGCGAGCAGCGAGGUCCUGGUGACCAAUCUCUGCCACCCUAUGCUCCCCGAGAGAAUCUGACCCCUCACGCUCCCUGCUAGGAACUGAAGGGUGGGAACAGCAAAGACAAGGGUGAAAAGAGAUUAGGAGCUCCCCAAACUGCUUGCAUCUGUGCUUAGCAGUCUCCCACCUUCCCUGCUUCUUGUAGGGUGGCCCUUGUAAAUAGUGUAUAUUCUCCAAAUUAUCCUCUAAUUAUAAAUGUAAGCUUAUUUCCUUAGAUCAUUAUUUAGAGACUGCCAGAAGGUGGGUAGGAUGACAAGGGGUUUCAGUUUGCUUCUGUUCCUUGCUUUGAGUUCCUAGAGAAGGGAGGACCUGCAGUGCAUGGUUUCUUCCAGGCCCAAGGUACCCGCCUCAAGAGUUCUUUACUCUAGGCACCCAGACAAGUGGGUCUGCUUCCAGGGUCCCUCUUAGGACCCCUCCUACCCACCUCCCCGUGUUUCCAAGUCAGCUUUCCUGCAAGAAGAAAUCCUGGUGAAAAGGGCUCUUGUAAUGGGUCAAGAGUUGAAUUUGGGGUGGGGGAACGGGUGCAUCUGAAGCAGAGUGUGGGUCCCAGAUGUAUGCCCAUGAGAUGUUUCUCUGAUAACGUCCCUAAUCAUGCCAGAGAGACUAGCAUUGAUGAGAACUUGGCCCGAGGCUUGAGGAGGCUGGAAGGGCCCUGAUCUGCCUGGCUUCCUUAGCUUGCACCUCAGCUUUGCAAAGAGCCACCUAGGCCCCAGCUGACUGCAUGCGUGUGAGUCAGCUCCAGAACACUACUGUAGCUACCUACUCAAUAAAGUCCAGGGUGGACAUGCUGGUGUC